AAAACUGGCACGAGCGCAAAUUUCGUUCGUUGCUCGCGAACAAGCGGCGGUUGAGAGGCAGAGCAUUAUGGGAGUUGUAGUUUCUAUGCGAAGUUUAGCAACCGGCUAACUACCAACUUCUCAACGGCUGUUUCCUGACUACUGUCGCCUACAACUUCAGAAUGCAAAACGGGCUGUGUAUAGAUGGCGGAGAGCAAUGACUGAGGAGUUUGAUGAAGAUGUGGUAUUUGAGAACUCCCCUCUUUUCCAGUACCUGCACGAUCUAGGGCACACAGACUUUGAGGCAUGUCCAACGGCAACACAGGAGGACGAAUAUGCCGGACAAGAGGGAGACCUCAACUCACCCGACGAAGAUGCACAGAAAACUAAAGGAGGGCGCUUAUGGAGACUGGCUGAAGCCUUGUGGAGAUGGAGCCCGCUUCACCAGGCGGCUGCUUCUCGUAAGCUGGGCCAGCAGCUGGACUGUGUGUUCGGCCAGUACUCAGUGAAAUGCAUUCUGGACCAAGAUGUGCUGCUGCAGGAGGAUGUAGAGCUGAUCGAGCUGUUGGACCCGAGUCUGCUCACCCUCAGCUCGUCUGCCUCCGGCUCAUCCAGCCGAGCGAGCACCCUGCCCAGACCAAGCCUCAUAGCCAGGCCCUCCCUAUGGGACAUGGCGGGGCUGGUCGGCCUGGCCGCGGUGCUGCUGGGUCUCUGCUCCGUGUCUGAGGGUCUGUGGUCGCUGGCUGCGUACCCGUGGGGCCUGGCCCUUCUGGGCUGGGUGGGACUGAGGGGGGUCACGCUAUGGAGACAGGGCCGCAUGCAGAGAUCCGUCCACACACAGGUUGCGCAGCUCCAGACUCUGGUCCACAACAGCAAGACUCUGACCGGGCUGUCUCGGAAAGCCCUGCGCCUGGUGCAGGAGACGGAGGUCAUCUCCAGAGGGUUCACCCUUUUGCUCGACAGGGUGAGUGCCGCCAGCUCCUUUAGCAGGGCGGGACCGGGGGCGGUGCCGCGGGGCCAGCAGCUGAUCGGACUGAGGAAGGCCCUGUACCGGGCGCUCCGCACGGCCUUCAGAGCGUCGCGACGGGCCACCUGUCACAUGCUCAAGGCGUUCCCUCUGAACUCUGAGAUCGAUAAUGUGACCAACUAUGUGUCCGCGGUGCCUCUGAAGGAGCUGGGCCUCGGCCUGGGGAUCGAGCACCUGGGUGACGAGCAGGCUCAGGAGCUGACAGACGACUACAGCCUGCCUGCCCUGAAGAUGCUCUUCCAGCUGUGGGUGGGACAAAGCUCUGAAUGUUUCCGUCGACUGGCUCUUCUCCUGUCACCCCGAAGAAUAGAGGAGCCAGAAGAGAGCGGACCCCAAGGAGAAACCUCUCCUCUUCUUCCUUCCCCUCCUCCUCCUUCUUCUUCUUCUCCUCCUCCCCUGCUGCACCGCUCCAUCCAUGCUGUGACCCAGCCCCUCCAUCACGCUCUGGCCAGCUGCCUCUGCGAGGUGCAGCGCAGCUAUGACUUCCACCGACACUUUGAGACCCAGCUGAGGACGACGGGCUCCUCCGACAGGACAGGGAGGGCCAGGGAGAAAUGCCGAGAGCUCAACACCCUGCACACCUCCAUCCGAAGCCUGCAGCUGCACCUCAAGGCCCUGCUCAGCGAGAUGAUCAUCCUGGAGGACGACCUGGAGAAGCUGAUGGUGUCCAAGGAACCCUCAGAGUUGACAUUCGAGGGCUACCAGGACCUCAGCGACCGGCUGCACCAGCUGCAGCCUCACAUGCAGGCCAGCACCGGCUGCUGGGAGGACACCAUCAGCCAGGUGGAGCGCAUGCUGAGACGGGUCAAUGCCUGCACAGGUAACGCUGAGGGUCUGGAGCAGUGUGGUCUCCCUGUGCCAGAGAUUCCUGAUCCUCCUCCAUCCUUCCCGCUGAUCCUGGACAGAGACCCUGUGCCAGAAGAGCUGGAGUGGGAGGCCUAUGUGUCCGACUCGGACUCCGAUGGUGAAGGCAGAGGGUCCUGGUCAGACAUCUUGUCACCGGAGGAGCGGGAGCGUCAGCGCAGGGAGAGGGAGGAGUCCCGUCGCGUCCUGUCCGAGCUCAAAGCUGUGCUGGGCUUCCGUGCGUCAGAGGGGGAGAGGAUGAAGAGGAAGCAGCUGCUCUUCAACGACCAAGCUGCUUCAGCUCACAUCGCCUCUUCAGAUCCUACCACGAAGCCGUCAGACGCUCCCACCUCUCUGGGAUCUGUAGAAAGUGGCGAUGAAGAAGGAAACCACCUUUCAGAGGGCUCUGCAGGAAGCGAAGGGGAGGAAGGGGAAGGAAAAGACGGCAGGGUGAGGCCUGACCCCUCCGCAGAGCCGGUGACGGAGUUCAGCUGCGGUGAGGAGGAGAAGGAAGUGGAUUUGGGAGGAACUUCGGUGUGUGCAAGAGGAGGAGGAGGAGCGGCCGAGCUGCACCAAUACGACGGUGUCCUGGAUGAGGGGGAGGGUCAAAACGGGCUGGACUGCUUCCUCAAGCCGAAAGUCCCCGCUGUCUCCGUGAUGGACAGACUGACGGAGAUCCACGGCUCGCAGGCUCUGAGCUUCAGCUCCGCCCUCGCCGCUCAGGUGGCGGCGCGCUCACAGUCGCUCAUCAAGAUGGAGGAGCAGACGUUCGGCGAUGACGAGGAGGAGGAGGAGGAUGAAGAAGAGGAGAGCGACAGACGAACCCCCAAGAAGGACUUAAAUUAAAACCCCGCUGCUUUAACCGAGCUCUGAGCAGAGACUGUAUUUAUGUCUGAUUGUCUGGGUGUCUUCAAUCGAUGGGUCUGUGUUACAUUCAACUGUUACUGCUGUGGAAGCGUUUUCAAAUUGACGCCUAUUACACGUCCGUCCAUUUUACUGUACAUUACCCACAAUUCUUACUGCUCUUUUGCUGUUUAAAACUCAGGUACCAGAACCACUAAAACAAAACAUGACCUUACAGUGUUCGGGUCAGAAGACCAGAAUGUCUGCAGUUUACUCGGUGACAUCCACACACUGUAUAUUGUUCACAGUCGUUCAGUAGGUGUGGAGAGAUUGUAGGAAACGUGAUCAGUCCAUACGUGAAGAAAAAAGUGUAUUCAUGUGUAAUGAGAUUAUUUGAAGAGAUAAUGGUUUUCAUUUCAGUUUUUAAAACACUACAAUCUGAGUUACUGUCAGGAAGCUUUGGGCUGCAGAAGUUGAAUGUUUCAGAGCAAUAUCCUGAGAUACAAAGGAACUUUUCUGUUUCAUUAAAACAAAAAAUAAAAAUGAUAGACCUAACAGGAUGGGUGCAAGAUCAAAGAAAUAUCAAAUAGAAUUCAAACGAUAGAUCUGGACACCAAACGGCUCCCAUUUAAAGGAUUUUAAUGAGUCAGACUAAGUGAAAUAAGCCCGGAGUGACCAAAUUAAAAAAUUAAAGCAGCAGGUUAAAUUAGCCUUAAAGGAACAGUUCCGAUUUUUUUAAGUGUGCUUGUUUAAGGUACUUGUCCAUAGUCAGUGUACAGUAGAUGGUGGUUGGCACUCCCCACUUUGGAGAAGCAGGCAGGAGAAAAAAAAUAAAAAGAUGCUAAGCAAUGUACUGCUGUGGAAGGGGGCAGCAGCUAAACAUAUAUAUUUUUUUAAAGUUAUCAGUUUAAGUGCUAUAUUUGGAAUAUUUUCACCGCUUUGCCUUGCCAUCGGACUGCCCUUUCCAUUGGAGAACUAAAGCUGUGUAUAUCUGAGCAUUUGAGCGAACUGGAGGACUUUGGAUGGAACACAGAGCAGAUUUUAUAAAAAGUUUGAGUGUCGCCUUCUCUCCAGCUCCGUCCCUUCUCACACCAUUAGUGUGAAGCAUGUCCACCCAGAGUGCAUCUGUGUAUUGCGUUCCCACGCUGUUCUCCAGCAAAAAUCGGCUGUUGCAAGCUCAAUAAUGGAGUUAAAAAAGAUUUUUCUUUUUUGGAGCAAGCGGAUUUGAGUAGAACCGGGUGAAAUAUGAGUUGAGCAUGGAGCUAUGUUAAGCAGAGCAGCCUGAAGGCGUUUUGAGCGGUGGAAAUGAAUCCCUCUGUGUGUCUUAAAGGCCACCAGACUCCAUUGACAAAACCAGUAAUUUUACCUCUCAGAACACUGGACUUGUUUGUCUACCGCUGCCUCAAUCUGUUAGUUUGUUUGUGUUAUUGUGUGACUUUAAUGAACCAAAACAAACAAUUUUAAUCACCAAAAUCCCAGAUUUGGUGACAAAAUUAAUUUAGCUGCUGCCCCUCGUCCACAGCAGUACAUUACUUAUCUUCUGUGUCAGUACUCCUGCAUGCUGACUGGCAUCUACUGUAGGUAAUACACUGACCAUUCAUCAGUAUCUCAUAAAACCUCACUUUAACAAAAAUCUACACUAUCCCUUUAAUUAAUAACAGUUCUGUAUGAACACACACACACAGUGUGAGAGGGGAGCUCUGAAAGAAGAGGAAGCAGGAUGCUAUUUUUACUGUCAGCGUUUUAUUUUAGUCCGGCCCUUUCUGCGAUCCAUCUCUCUCUGCUGUCUGGACUGGACACAAUGAGGGCCAACCACACAUUUG